ACAAUUAAUAAUGUAUACGCCUGUGUGUGUGUAUAUAUAUACUCAAAUGUGUCAAAUAUUUUUUUAAAACACGGACCUCGUAGGUAAGUACGGUUGUCAUGACACACAUAUAUGUAAAACACAUAUAAUAGGUAUAGUACCCGCAAUGAAAGGGGUUAUUCGCGAGAUUGUUUCAUUAUAAUAUACUAUAUACCUAGUUCAAAAUAUAACCGUGCUUAAAAAUCUUUUAAAUGAUUUCGGAUGACUUGGCUUUGGGAAAAAGUAAGGAAGUCUUUCCUCAAUAGGACGUUGACUUUUGCCGUAGUGCCUUGCGUCAGUAGAUCUCCUAUAGGAGAUCAUUUGCAUUCAAAAAAUAUAGAAACUUGUGAGGAAGCAGAAGAUCAUUGGGGGGAUCGCCUUAGUCCGUGCCCUUUUUGCGGUCACGAAGAUAGCCCGAUUUUAGCUAGAAGUCAAAGAUCAUGCAGCGAUCCUACAGUAUCAGGAUAUUCUAGACUACCUCCAAUUGGCAAUUCAAACCAGUUUCUAACAUAUAGACCAACCAUACCUCCUAUUAAUAAUCAAAAUCCAAUUGAUCAGAGUUGUAGAAACAUUCAAAAAAAUCUUCAAAUAGAAUCUAAACCUCAAUAUCCAACUAGACACGAAACAAGAGAAGAAUUUUUACAAGAAAUACGAAAAGCUCGUAAAAAUGAAAAUUAUAUGACCGUUCAGCGUUUUUAUAUGAGGUUGUUCAAUUCAUUUAGCGAGAUUUGUGCACUUUUUAAGGUUAAUCCAAAUCAAUCUGGAGCUAAACUAGAUGACCCUGAUCUUCAUUUAGAAUUUGUCUACGCUAUAAAUGAUGCACUCAAGGACUUGUCUAGUGGAAUUCAUAAAACAGUUUUAAAGUCAAUAAUCAAUGCAUUGCUAGAAAAUAAUAAAAAUCUUUACGAGAAAGAUGAAGUCAGAGCUUUAUUUGUAUUACUACAAUGUCCAGUUUUUGGAACUCAAUCAAGUGCACCAAUAUUUGCACAUUUAUUAAACUAUAUUGCUCAAUUAAGCAAAGAUGAUCACCAACUAUUGGUUCAUUGGUUCAGAAUAUUGGAACUGGAUAAAUUAAGAUCAUUAAUACGAUAUAUUAUGCAAUUUAUAACAUUACGGCAAUUUUCUCCAAAUGACAAAUCUCUACCACCUUUAGGAAAAACACUGUGGUGGAUACCAUCAGCAACCAAAAAUUUAGCAUUAAUAAAUGCAGCCAACAAAUUAGGAACCGAACUAUUACAUUUUACUGAAUUAUAUAAUUCUGCUUUGGAUCAUAUUGAUCUGAUGCGUGAUUAUUACAAUUGGCAAAGUUUAGGCCCGUACGAAUGUUUUUCUUACUGCCAAUAUCCAUUCAUUCUGAGCAUUGUUGCAAAAAGGAUCAUACUCACUAAAGAUUCAGAACAGCAAAUGAUUCUAAAUGCUAGAAAAUCAUUGGUAUCUAAGGUUGCAAGAAGGCAGACACCUAAUAUCGAUAUAUUCUUUUUAAAUAUAAAUGUCAGAAGAUCACAUUUGGUACAGGAUUCAUUAAAUGAGAUUGCUUUCAAACAGAAGGAUUUAAAGAAAAAGUUAAAAGUGACAUUCGCUGGAGAACCAGGACUAGACAUGGGUGGUCUAACAAAGGAAUGGUUUUUACUUCUAAUUCGCGAAAUAUUUCACGCCGAAUACGGAAUGUUCGUGUAUUACUCGCACUCGCGGUGCUACUGGUUCAGCACCGGGCAAACGGACCACACGAACCUCCGCGAAUACAAUCUCAUUGGUGUAUUGAUGGGCCUGGCAGUGUAUAAUUCCAUUAUACUGGACCUGAGUUUUCCAGGAAUUUGCUACAGGAAACUGUUAUCGCCACCAGUCGUGCCUACUGUCAACGACGACAGAGUGGGCGUCGUCGAAAAUCCCACGUUAGACGACUUGAACGAGAUCAUGCCAGAUGUAGCCAGUGGCUUAAAACAUCUACUUGAAUACGAGGGAAAUGUUGAAGAAGAUAUGGGACUUACAUUUCAGGUAUCAUUAGAGGAACACAGAACACCCAAAACGCACAAACUAAAACCAAACGGAGAAAAUAUACCAGUUACGAAUGAAAGUCGUGAAGAGUAUAUAAACUUGUACUUGAAUUGGGUACUGAAUUUAUCCAUUUACGAACAGUUCCGUGCAUUUUACUUCGGAUUUCACAGCGUAUGCGCCUCCAACGCUUUAAUUAUGCUGAGACCAGAAGAAGUCGAAUUGUUGGUCUGCGGCACGGACACGUUAGAUUUGCACGAACUCCGCAAAGCCACAGAAUACGAUGGAUAUCGACCGGACGACAACAUUAUUAGCAUCUUUUGGAAUGUUAUCGAUUCGUUAUCGGACGAUCAAAAGCGUAAAUUCUUAUUGUUUGUCACUGGAAGCGACCGCGUGCCAGUCGGUGGUAUGGGUGACAUGAAUUUCAAAAUAACUAGAGGUCCCAACAGAUCUGAUUACUUGCCCGAAGCGCAUACAUGUUUUAAUCAGUUAGUGUUACCCCAAUAUCCAGAUCACGAUCAACUUAAGGAGAAACUGGUGACGGCCAUACUAAACGCUGAAGGAUUUGGAAUGGAAUAAUAAUGUAUAGUAUAGGUACUAUUACUUACUGUCAAUUAGUAAAGUUAUUACAUAUUAGUAGGCACCUACUACAUAUAUAUAAUAAAAUAGGUAGGUAUGUAGGUACAUAAAUACCUAAUACCUAAUUAAAAUUAAGUUUCAACCGAUUGUUUUAGUCAGUUUUAGACUAAAUAAAUAGUAGCUAGGUAUUAAUAGGUGCUAUAUUUAUGCAGGCGCGGAUCCAGAAGAUUUUAACAGGGGGUGCUCAAAAAAAAGGAAGGCAAGUGGGUGUCGCUUUGCUUUACAGUAGGUUACAAUUGGAUCACUGUAUAGUCUGUAAUGGAUGAUGUUAAAUUUGAAUUUGAUGA